AUAUCAUGUGACGCGACGGUAAUUGACCAAUCCGAUGAAGGAUCUCGCAUAUCCUCAAAACCUCUCGAAACGCGAUGACGCCACUUCCAAUUAAGACGUAGGGCCUAGGCCCUAGUUAAUAUUUCUGAUUACGGCAAAUUUGAAUCAAGCAAGGUCAACAUUCCGCUUGUGUAAUGGAGGAAGCAACAGUUGAAAGCCUGGCUGAGGUAUUCAGAUGUUUUAUUUGUAUGGAGAAGCUCCGGGAUGCCCGGCUGUGCCCGCACUGUUCAAAGCUCUGCUGCUAUUCCUGUAUAAGGAGAUGGCUAACGGAGCAAAGGCCCCAGUGUCCCCAUUGCAGAGCACCCCUUCAACUUCAUGAGCUGGUUAAUUGUCGUUGGGCUGAGGAGGUGACUCAACAACUCGAUACUCUACAACUGUGUACCCCCCAGGGAAAACAGGACGAGGUUGAUAAAGACAAAUGUGAAAUGCAUAAUGAGAAGUUGAGUGUAUACUGCUGGACCUGUCAUAAAUGCAUCUGUCACCAGUGUGCCUUGUGGGGUGGAAUGCAUUCUGGACAUACAUUCAAGCCACUGGAUGAGAUAUGGGCCCAACAUGCUUCACAGAUACAGGAAGAACAACUUGCCUUGAGGAGAAGAUUAAGAGAAUUAAUAAGCCUUAACCAAGACAUUGAUCGUAAUGUAGACAGUGUCAGAAGUGCCAAAGAUGACAGAGUAAGAGAGAUCAGGAACACUGUAGAACUCAUGAUAUCAAGACUGGAAACACAACUCAAGAGUAAACUACUAACACUCAUGGGUCAGAAGAACUCACUGAUGCAGGAAACAGAGCUCCUAGAAUCCCUUCUUCAUGAAGUGGAGCACCAAGUCAACUCCUGUUCUAAAAGUGAACUGAUAGCUAAGAGUGCCGAUGUCUUACAGACCUUCACUCAGGUUCAUCGUAAACCGAUGGCAUCCUUUGUCACAGCUCCAGUUCCAGCAGACUUCACAAGUGAACUUGUGCCAGCAUAUGACAGUAGCAGAUUUGUCCUCACUAGUUUCAUAGCAUUACAGCACAAGGCUGAUCCAGUAUACAGUCCCCCUCUCAUGGUUGCAGGACUCAGCUGGAGACUCAAAGUUUAUCCCGAUGGUAAUGGUGUGGUGAGAGGAAACUACUUAUCUGUCUUUCUUGAACUGUCAUCUGGCUUGCCUGAAACAUCCAAGUAUGAAUACCGAGUUGAGAUGAUCCAUCAGGCAUCACAUGAUAACAGUAGGAACAUUGUACGUGAGUUUGCUUCAGACUUUGAGGUUGGUGAAUGCUGGGGGUAUAAUAGAUUCUUCAGAUUAGAUCUACUGGCUGGUGAAGGAUAUCUCAAGGAUGAUACACUCAUACUACAAUUCCAGGUGCGUCCUCCAACAUUUUAUCAGAAAUGUCGAGAUCAGCAGUGGUAUAUUAACCAGCUGGAGACAUCACAAAGACAGUCUGUACAACAGAUCAGUGACCUCAAAGAGAGACUUGCCAUUGAGUUAUCAAGAACACAGGGCAGUGCUGAACGGUCAUCACCAGAUACUGAUCGUGAUGGUGUUCAAGUUAAGUCAUGUUUACAGGGUCGUGAGCAAGCUGACUUAUGUAGGGACAAUAAUGAUACACAGGAGAGUGACGGCUCAAGUGUGACAAUAUCUUCCCCCUCCUCGUCUGAAGAUGAUGAUGAAGAAGAGGAGGACGAAGAGGAGGAAGAUGAAGAUGAUGAUGCAGGUGCUUCAGUCAUGGUGGUUGAUGAGGGAGAGCAGGGUGAUCUGGAGAGUGGUCCUCUUAAUGAGGAGAAUGAUAUUGAUGAAGAGACCAUGUCUGGUGAAAAUGAUGUUGAACAUUCCCGCAUAUGGGAUCUUGAGGAAGGUCCUCUAGAUGUGUCACUUGAUACAUCCCUCAAUGCAGUUACCAUGGAUACAGCUCAUUCCUCUACAUCCACCACCUUUACAUCAUCAUCUAUGACCCAACCAUCAAGAUCUGGUAAGGAUACCACACCCUCAAUAUCACCAUCAUCAUCAUCCUCUUCAUCAUCGUCAUCUAAACAGACUAAUUUAAGCACACUUUCAUCCUCCACCACCACCACCACGGCAACCGCAUCAUCAGCGUCUGGUGGAACGGCAGGAGAAGCCUCGGGGGCAGGAGCCACGCCCGGCUCACAUCACCACCCACACCGCCCACACCAUCACCACCAUCAUCACCAGCAAGCAUCUCCUCAUCACCAAGGCAAUGGAGCAUCAGUGAUGCGGAAUCUAAGAGAGGAAGACAUCAUGCUGAUGCAGCUUCUUGAGAUGACAAGAGCUGGAGAUAGUGUUCUUGGUUUCAUGCCCAAGCCUCCGUAUCGGUCUAGAGUCCAUGCCAAGUCCAGCAAGGACAAACGUGAGCGGGAGAAGCGAGGGCGUCCUUUAUCAGCAGACUCUAUCUUGCGUCGUAUCCAGACACGCAUGCUUGACAUGGGUCUUACAACGUUAGAUGUAGCAUCAUCAUCAUCUGGGCAGGAGCCGGGUGAGGUUGGUGAGGAGGCAGUAGCAGGGGCUGUUGGAAGCUCGAGAUCAGACUCUGCACUGGGUUUUCCUUGUUUCUGGAAGCCAAAAACCAAGCCAGUACCUAGUAUCUCUCUUCAGCUCUCCACUGAAGUCAGUAGCCAAGGAGAGAAGAAGGUAGACAGAGCAGUAGAUAAUGAAUCCCCUAGUCAAGUGGAAAAUAGCAGUGAAGACUCAAACACAGCUUCAGCAUCAUUCAUUGUAGAAGAUGGUCAACUGGUUGACCUUUCAACUUGCACAAGUGACCUUCAAUCGGCCUUAGAUGACCUCAGUACUGCUAGACUCAUGGCAAGAAUCAGUGCUCUGAAUAACCAAUUAGAAACAAGGAAUGAUAAAAACUCAAGUAGUACAGCGCAGCCAGACAAUGAGAGUGAAUCAAGUGGAGGUAUUGCAGCAGUGAGUAGCAAUACAGAACCAUGUCAGAGAGAAGAAGCAUCAUCCAUCACAUUCACCCGUAAGAAGGCCACAACCAGUACAAGGAGUAGUCAUACUACUGAAUCAACAGGUAUCAGUACUGACUCUAGCCAAAGAGCUCUCGAAGAUAAGCCAAAAGAAACCAACAAAUCCACAGCCUGCUAACAAUUCAUUCUUUUCUUUCAUGAGAGACGGUUAUGAUAGUAAUCUCUUUACUUCCUUGUCAUCUUAGAGAAUCAUUUGAAGAUGUCCUCCUGUGUGUGGAAGUUGAAAAGUGAUAUGAAAUGUGGUACCCAUGAGGAACCGUCACGUACAUGUAGUGUUACUGAUUGUGUAUGUGUAAUUAAAACACACCAGUCCUUUUGCCCUACUCUUAAUAAAAGUCAAGUAUUUUGAAAGCCUCCACUUCAUCAUAUUUAUCAACUACCAGACACAUUGAAUUGGCUAUGCCAACUCCCCUACAUGUAUAUUUAUAAUAGAAAUAACACAGAUUUCUGUGGGAAGUUCAUCUUUAAAGUGGGACUAUCAUUGGCUUUGAAAACUGGCCUCAAAUUUGGGUAACUACUUUUAUUAUUCAGAUGUCUCUUUGUUCGUCUCAUAUCCAAAGCAUCUCAAAGCUAUGUGAUUAUCAGUCACAUAUGAAUAAUGAAAAGUUUCCCGUGGCGAGUACCGUUUGGCUGAGCAGCGCUCUGCUCGCGAAUCGUGAGGUAUGGGGGGGGGGGUCAAAAAACGUAUAGUUCACUUUUUCCCUAGGGAAAAAAUGGACUAUGCGUGACGUCAGCAAGGAAAAUGAACUAUUUCACAGCAAACGUUUUUCGUAGUAAACUAUUCUUUUUCUCCUUGUGUACACUCUCAAUACAACAAUCAUAAGUAAGGGAUAUAAUACACACCGGAGCACGUUGGAAUUAGAUGGUUGUAUUUCUAUAGGAUGUCUGUUAAAGUUUGGAUAGCCUUAAAACUUUCCCAAUCAAUAGUAAGUAUGUCAAUAGCUUUAUUGCUAUGGAAGCUUUCAGUUGAUAUCAAGUUCUAUGGAUCAAUAAAAAAACAACUUCAUAUUGAGAAAUAAUUUAGGGUAUCAUGUUCAUGUUUGUCUGGUGUUGACAUGUGUUUUCAGAUGUCAUUCUGAAUCCUGUUUCAUAAAACUUGUGAUUAAUGAUAGGUAAUAAGUCACUUUCAUUAAACUUGUGCCAUUUGAUUUUCCAAAGACUAGUUUUGAUUCACAAUGAGAUUUAUGACACAGGACCCAGGUUGCCUUGCUUGUAUUUAUCUUGGAGGGGGAGUUUGGUAUUAUACUACUUUAUUAAUGGCAAACAUGGGUACUUACAGGCUCAUUAAGAGCAUCACUGAUUUAAAGUAAUUCAUUUGCUUUUCUUGUAACAUGUGGUGAUAUUCAAGUUCAAGCAUAUUUCUAUUUUUGUAAUCCAGCUUAUUCAUAAUGGACAUGUAUUUGCUCUAAAGACUUGGUUAUUGGUGAAGAUGAGCCUAUAUUCACUGGUAUGGUUUAUUGAAAAUAUAUCAAAAUAUAGUUUUAUCCUGUGUCCUGUCUGAAUCCAACUUUUAGUAGAAUAGUGUAUUUUGGUCCCAUUCUGUUUUCACAGUGCAGGAAUUUGUAUAGUUCUAUAAUAUAUACAUGUAUAAUCUUGCCUUUUGAAAAGUACUUAAUACUUCCUGCUUCAGACACUGUAGACAUGUUACAUCCGUUAUACUAAUUACUCAAAUACUAGCAGGUGACUUUCAAAUGCACAAUGAUUGCAGGAUAUUCAUCAUGAUGUAAUUAGUAUUACAAUGCUACUUUCUGAAUGUACUUAAAGUGAUUUAUUUCUUUCAUAUCCAUUUUGUCAUGUACAUCUAUGUUGGUGGAAACACCCAUUCUUGCAAUAGUGUACAACAAAAAAUUUGAGAUUUUUACAGUAAUUUAGGGAGACAUCCUUCCAAGCUUUCUUGUCUUGUUUACUAUUUAAGAUAUUGACAUCCCUUAGGAUUAAAUUAUGUGUCACCUGGUUUUAGUACACAGUGGAUUAACAUGAUAAAGCCAAGGAGACGAGGCAGGUCUACCUGUAGUCAAGUUCUCUUAUUGCAAGUUUGAGAAUGAAUAUGUAUGUAUGUGUGAGAGACUAACAUUGUAUUCUGAAUUAUAUUCAAAUCAUGAAGAUGAACCCUACCUUAUAUAUGAAUGGUAAUGGGACUAUGCAUAUAUCAACAUCAUGAAAUUUGUUUGAUAUACGACUAGAUCCUACAAACCAGACAUUUGUCACAAGAGAAAGAAUGUGCUCAUGCUUUUUAAAAACUUCACAUUCUUUGAGUGCUUAGUUACCAAAAAUUCUUUUCAUUGUUUAUAGGAGUAUGGCUCCUCAAAAUUUGUCAGCUCUAGAUCAACAUACUCAGUAAUUAAAUUUGCCUAUAAAGGUAAAUCUUUUAGGACUUAAGAAAUCUGUUUGACUUAAGAAGUAUGCAUAAUCUAAAAGAAAAUCUUUGACUUGGACGAAUAUUCGACUUGGAAGUUGGAAUUAAUACUUGUAUUUCUCAAAAGUUUCUGGUUUGACUGGGUCACCUAAACAAUGUACUUCAUUAACUAUACUUUUUAUUUGUUUCAUAGAUGCCUUGCAGAGUGGCUGCACAGAGGUUCAAUGCUUUGACUUCUGUUUUCUUUCCAAAUUUCUGUGUUGUAAACAUUCAGUUUGUAUUUAUUGUAGUAUUUAUAUCAGUGUCAGAAAAUAUAUAUUUGUUGAAAUAGUUUGUUUUAUGUGUUGCAAAUUUUUUUGGGGGAUAAAAUUGGAGGAGAAUGGUCUCUGCUCCCAAUUGAAUGUUAUUAGCUUUUAAGAUACAAAGGAUAACUUAAGGGGGAAGUUCACUCUAGUAUGAUGUUGGUUUUAAUCAAAGCAGAAAAAGGGAACAUAUUGAUGAAAAUAUGGAAAAAAAUCCAAUAUUUUCUGUAUAUUUUCUUCAUUUCUUAAUAUGCCUUUAUCAUCAGGGUGAACUUCGUCUUUAACUAUGAUCAUCUCUAGCGCAUGCAAUGAAAUCAUUUCACUCAGAAAGAAAAAUGUGUAGGAUUUCAUAUAAUUUGUGACCUGAUUUGGCUAUAAUCUUUCAUAUCCCACCAAAUGGCUUUCUUGUCUCCACCUCUAUUUUUCUCAUUUCCUUUAACCAAAUCAUCAAUAUUUGCUGUAUAUUACAUUUCUCUUGAAAUAAACAUACCCCACUCAUGUAAUAUUGAAAAGGAAGUUCAUCCUGAUGAAAAGUUUAAUGUUAGAAAAGCAGAAAAUUAAUAAAAAGGAUUGAAGGUUUGAGAAUAUCCAUUAAGUUUUUGAUUUGUGACGUCAUAUACGAGCAGCUGCCCGAUGUUAUGUAAUAUAAAAUAAAUUACAAUUGCUUUAAUGGUUAAUGACUAAACAAUUCAUUCUUUCAGGAGCUGCUGUGAAAUAAUUUAUCUGUUAUACUAAACCCAUUUUCAAUUUUUUGAUAAAGUGACAUUUUAUUGAUUUUUAAUUCAUGAUACAUGGUGAGCUGCUCGCAUAUGACGCCACAAAUCAAAAUUUAAAUUCUAAUAACUUUUUAAAAUCUUUAAGAGUUGACAAUGUGAUUUGGUUGAUUACAAUUUAAAACAUUCUUGGUAGUUACCCUUUUCCGUUGAGCAAAAAGGUAAACAGCUCCCAGCUCUUUUUAUUUUGCCUUUCACUUAUGCAAUAAAUAAGCACAAUGUAUUCUCAGCUGUACAAUAAAUAUAUGGAGAAGGGUGUAUUUUUUUCUCUCGCAUUUGAGAUAUUUUCAGAGAUUGACUAGCAUUCAUUCUCUGAUAUUUUAAGAGGUUAGAAAAUGUUUCAAUUCAAAAUAAAUAUCUGCAAUAUUAAAGCA